AGACAUAGAUUUGUGCCCCUCUAAAAGUAAGCAUAAACCCUAGGUUCUGUUUGGUUACAAGUGUACUGUACCCUGUUGUAUGCUUUACCUUCUUCUUCUUUCCCCUUUGUCACGAAAUAAACGGGGACAUAAUUACCGUGCAACUUCAGCUUUCCCCAGAGUUUUUCUUUUUAAUCAAAACUUGCCAUAAAUUUAUACAAUUUUCUUCCAUGGCCGCCAGGAAGCUAGUUCGAGAUUUUCUCCUUUCCAGACAACGUCUUUUCAUUCGACCACAGGCUUCAACUACGAGAUUACGGUUGUCUUUGCCAAAUGGGUAUUCAGGUCAUCGUCAGUUCAGUGUGUUCAAUGAAUUUUCUAAGCAAGUUAAAGGCGAAGUCAACAAGAACUCAGAUUUUCAAAAGUCAGUCAAGGAUCUGAAGGAGAAGGCACAAGAGCUAAAAGGGGUGAAAGAAGAGCUAAAAGUUAGAACAAAGCAAACAACGGAGCAUCUGUACAAGCAGGUGGAUGGUGUGUGGACCGAUGCUGAAGCAACAGCAAAGAAGGUCUCUGCAAAUGUGAAAGAGAAGAUUUCAGCUGCCACAGAGGAGGUCAAAGGAACUUUAGGAAUUGGGAAGCAAGAGUCUUCUUCUACUUCAACUAAGAUUGGUGAGCAAGAGUCUGCUGCUGGUACCUCAGCUAAAAGUGGCGCUGAUACAAAAGACGAAGAAAAGGUCUCUGAUGGGGAACGAGCAAACAAGCAGUCUGGGCCUAAAGAUACAGAAGAAACAAUAUUUGGAAACUUUAAAUCUAGAAUUUCUUCAUUGAAUGCUUCUUCAGCCUUUCAAAAAAUUAAGGAAGCAAAGUUCAUAGACAUAGCGAAAAAGGGGUAUGACAUUGUAAAGGAUGAGUUGAGCAGUAAUCCAAAAAAUAGAAAGCGUCUUCAGCAUGAGCCUUCUUCACCACAAGGUGAGAGAAGUACCAGAACUGACGUAACUGUUGUGCCCACAAAGCAGUCCCCUUGGAGUAAGAAGUGGGAGACUUUAAAAAAUAAGGUUCAACGUCAUCCUAUGUUCAAGCGUAUUGGAGUGGUUGCUGAUCCUGUCGUGACAAGGGGGCAGGAGAUGGCAGAGGACAUGCGGGAAAGAUGGGAAACAAGUGAUAACCCUAUUGUUCAUAAAAUUCAGGACAUCAAUGAAACUAUCUUUCAGGAAACAGAUGCUGCUGCUACAAUUAAGGAGAUUCGCAGUCGAGAUCCGUCAUUCUCAAUGCCAGAGUUUGUGGCCGAAGUUCAGGAAGCUGUUCAACCGGUGUUGCAUGCUUAUAUUAAGGGCGACAUUGAAAUUUUGAAGAAGUACUGUACCAAAGAAGUCAUUGAGCGGUGUAAAGCAGAGCACAGUGCUUAUAAAAGUCAAGGUAUAUUUUUCGAUAACAAGAUUCUACAUAUAUCUGAGGUGGAAGUUAGAGAGACAAAAAUGAUGGGAGCCUCCCCUAUCAUAAUUGUAGCUUUCCAAACACAGCAAGUCUAUUGUGUACGCGACAGAAAUGGUGCAAUAACUGAAGGUGGCCAGGAUUCAAUCCAUACUGUAUACUACGCAUGGGCAAUGCAACAAGUGGACCCUGAAGAACUGGGAGAUGGCGCCAUAUACCCGAUAUGGAAGCUAAGAGAAGUACAACAGCUUGGAGUUCAAAGCCUCAUCUAGUUCUCUUAGUACACAUUGUUUCAAUCAUAGAUGAUGUUAUAAGAUUGCAUUCAUCUCUUCCUUUCAUUUCUCCUCUUUUUAUUAGUUCUCAUUCGGUGGCUCUUAACUUCUCUGGGUUUUGUAUUUCACUGCCAGGGAAACUUUGGUGUCAUUCUUUUAUUUAUUUUACCAAAUAAAAAAUUAAUGUACUCUUUCUGUAUAAAUUACACUAAUCUUUGGGGUGGUCAAGGACAAACCCUGCCAUCAAGAAAUUUCGGUUUAUUAA